UAUAUCACGCACGACGUGAGGAGUUCCCGGUGAAAACGCCCCUCUACUCUCCCCCUAGCCCUCCCGACUGUAAGCAUCCCUGCCGGCUUGUGCUGUCUGCUGUCCCAGGCUGCAGGGCUACUCCUCCCGCGGCAGAGGGAAGGCGUUCCGGGGCGGUGGCGGCGUCCGUCUUCCAGUUCCCUGCGAUCUCCAUGAUCAGAAUCUGGACUGAAUCUUGAAAGCCCGGACCUGACAGAACAGGACUGCAAUCCAUUGGUAUGACAACAGAGACGGCUUUGGCUGGGGGAUUGAAAAGUGCAAUGGAGGGUGACGGCAUGAGAACCAAUCAGGGUGCCGAGGACCAGGGGGAUAUGGAUGAUAACUCGGAGAAGACCCCCAGCAAAGCCUCCAGAUCCCCCCAGAAGAGCAACAAGCGGCCCAAGACCGUCCCGAUUAAAGUCAGUCUACUGGACGGCUCAGUCUAUGAAACCGGGGUUGAGAAAUUUGCCAAGGGCCAAACCCUGCUGGACAUGGUGUGUGGCCAUCUGAACCUGCUGGAGAGGGACUACUUUGGCCUGAAUUUCCAGGACACUGACAACGCCAAGCAUUGGCUUGAUCCCUCCAAAGAGAUUAAGAAGCAAAUUCGGAUUGGUGCCUGGACCUUUGGAUUUUCUGUGAAGUUCUACCCUCCAGACCCAUCUGUGCUCAUGGAAGACAUAACUAGGUACUACCUGUGCCUACAGCUGAGGGACGACAUCCUGUCCGGUCGCCUGCCCUGCUCGUUCGUCACCCAUGCCCUUCUGGGCUCCUACACUGUCCAGGCUGAACUGGGAGACUACGAGCCAGACGAACAUGGCCCGGACUACGUCAGCGAGUUCCGCUUUGCACCCAACCAGACACGGGAGCUGGAGGAGAGAGUGAUUGAGCUGCAUCGUAACUACAGGGGAAUGAGUCCAGCAGAGGCAGAGGUGAACUUUCUAGAAAAUGGCAAGAAGCUCUCAAUGUAUGGGGUGGACCUGCAUCAUGCUAAGGAUUCAGAAGGAAUCGACAUCAUGCUCGGUGUGAGCGCCAACGGUCUUCUCAUCUAUCGAGACCGCCUUAGGAUCAACCGCUUUGCCUGGCCAAAAAUUCUCAAAAUAUCCUAUAAGAGAAGCAACUUCUAUAUUAAGAUCCGCCCAGGAGAGUAUGAACAGUUUGAGAGCACCAUAGGCUUCAAGCUUCCCAACCAUCGGGCCUCAAAGCGAUUGUGGAAGGUCUGCAUUGAGCACCACACCUUUUUCAGGUUGGUUUCCCCAGAGCCGCCUCCAAAAGGCUUCCUGGUGAUUGGCUCAAAGUUCCGCUACAGCGGGCGAACCCAAGCCCAGACCAGACAGGCCAGCGCUCUGAUCGACAGGCCGGCCCCACAGUUUGAUCGGUCCGUUAGCAAGAGGUACUUGCUGGCCAGAAGUAUUGAUGGAGCCUCAGUUCUUGGUUACAGUAUGGAACAGCUGUCCCAGCGGAGCUCCAGUGAACGCACACAGUUCAUGUCCAGAGAAGAUCUGGACCAGGAGGGCAGCCUGGACCUGGACCACGAUCAGUACCAUUAUCAGGACCAAGACCAGGACCAGUUCACAGAUCAGGAGCUAGAGCAGCAUGAUGACCAGGAUCUAGAUCAGAAGCAUGCCUUGGGAGCUUACAUAUCAACUCCCAGUAAGACCAUGGAGCUCAAGGGUGAGGAGGAAGGCACGUCUCUAGACUCAAAACCAGAGUUCUUGGAUAAGCCAGAAGAUGUUUUACAGAAGCACCAGGCCAGCAUCAAUGAGCUGAAGAGGGCUUUGAAACAGCCUAACAGCAAGAUGGCCCAGAGGGAGAAACGCCUGUCCUCAGCUACUCCUCCUGGAGGAACCCCUGAGCGGAAAGCAGAUACACCUCCUACACCUGCUAUUCAUGAGGAACCUUUCAAUGAAGCUUCAAGGGAACCGUGGGAAAGACGUCUAGGCUCCGUCUCCGAGGAUGACCAGGACCCCGACAUUCUGUACCUGAAGGAGACCCAUCUGGGCAUUGAGCGCAAGUGUUCCAGCAUCACGGUCAGCUCUACGUCUAGCUUGGAGGCCGAGGUAGAUUUCACCGUCCUCACAGACCUACACACUGGCAUGGAGGAGUUCUCCAGGGGAAUGACGGAGCUGGGGGAUAGGGAUGUGUCACCUGACAUGGGUCUGUGCUUUGGCAUGGACAUGCUCCAGCAGCAGGCCCCCUUUGAACCACCUCCACCGCUGGUGUCAGCCCCUCCAACCAAACAUAUCCAGGCAGAAGAAGUGCGACCAGAGGUCAAACGGCCCGAUAUGCAGCCUGUAGUACCCAAAAAACCAAAGAGGUCAGUGCCGGUGUCAUCGUCAGUGGACAGAGAGUCGCACAGAGUCUCUGCUGUCACACCGCUGAGCAGGGAGGCCAGUGAUGUCAUGCCAACCCCCACAGUGAGGAAGACAGACGUCAGGACGGAGACUCAGCCCAAUGGCUCAGAGGUCACCACCACCAUCGUGGAGUUUACAGAUCAGGAUCACGGUAUCACCGGCCUGAGUGACAUUUCCUACUCCACCAGACAGAGUGUAUCCCCUGUGCAUAUGGGAAGUCUUGGAAGAGAGGCAUCAGGGUCGCCCAUCCUCGUAACGGAAAAUGUUACCUCAGCAACCACUCACGUCUCCAAGACAGUGAAAGGAGGAUAUUCAGAGACCAGGAUCGAGAAGAGGAUCAUAAUCACAGGAGACGAUGAUGUAGACCAGGAACAGGCUCUGGCUAUUGCAAUACAGGAAGCCAAGCAGCAGCAUCCAGACAUGCAGGUAACUAAGGCAGUUGUUGUCAGGGAAACAGAAUCGUCCUCUGAGGAUCGUUACGCCACAUCAUAGUCCUGAUUUUGUGAUACGAGAGCGCCCCCCUGUGGACUGGAAGUGUCAGUGAAAUGCCUGAAAUUUUCCCCCAUCUCCAUUCGGAUAGACUUCUGCCAAUGGCUCAAAUGGGAGCCUCUUGCACACACACCACACACUUGCCACUGAAAAUCCAAACAUCUGGAACAAUUUAAAGAGAUCCCAAUUUGACUAAAUGCCUGCAAAGCUCUCAGGGCCGCUAUAUUAGAACCACUUACUUAAGUAUUCCCUUGACGGUCAAAGGGAAUCAUUCAUACACUGUGGAAUAAUCCAGGGCCAUGUGCCAUGUUGGUACCCACACAAUACAAAAUAAACUAGGAGUGUCUUUUUCAUGUCUGUGCUGCUGUACUGAAUAACAAGAAAUCAUCAGAUUACUGCUGUGUGCUGUAAAAAAAAAAGAAAAAAAAGAAAACUGCUGUAAAAAACUACUGUCUGUGUUUACACAUAAAAUAAUCCAUCACAUUUAUCUCUAGUACUGAUAGAGCAUCCAGUGAAGCAGGGUUCAGUUCCACUCCCUCUGUUACACUGACUGAUGAGGAUGCACUGAGCAGAUCGGAUCAUGGAGAGCAAACUAGAUCCUCUGUUGAUUAUUCCAGCCUGAGCUAGUCUGAUACGGUCCUCUGUUGGCUCACCUGAGAAUUUAGUUCUGUAAAAUGUAUUUGGCCAUGAAGUACGAGUCGCUUCAUCAGGAUGGACUUUGGUUGGAGCUGUUGAUACACACAGUGAAGUCAUAUUUAUUUACACAGUGGAGAUGUAAUGUAGCUUCUGAACAUGCUGAUGUUUCAGAACAAGCCCAGUUCCUCUCCUUUUAGCCUUUAGAUAUGCUUUCAGAAGACAGUAUAUAAUACCACUUUGGCCAUUUUGUGUAGUCAGUACGUAGAGUAGGCUCACACCCUUGUUCAGGUAACAGAAUGGGCUACUGUAUAAGUACAAUUAGUAUUUGAGAUCAUAUUUGCAUGAUAUGUUCUUGCAUUAUUGGAUUGUAAUUGAGUAUUAUAGAUAUGAACUAAUACAAGUAAUGGUGUCCAAAAUAAUGAGGGCAAGAAAUCUGAAGCUAAAUCUAAGCUUACAAAAGAGAGAAAAAGGAGGAAAUUAAGCCUUGAGACAGGAAAUGAAGAAUAUUCAACAGAAGUAGUGGGAAAUUUCACAAUACAUUCAGUUUAGAUAUUUGUUAAUCCCAAAAUGUAAUGACAACUAAGGGCAACAGUGUCCUUUCUCCUCAUUUAAGCCACUAGUGCUGUUACACAUAUCUUUAUUUUACAUUUCAAUUUGCUUUUAAUUUAAUCCCCAUGGUAAAGAAACAUGAAAUAGAGUUAUUUAUUGUACAAUACAUUUUCUUUGUCUUUGCAAAAUGGUGGUAUACAUCAGAGUCCUUCCGAUACUCUUUUGAGAAAAGUACAGUGUUAUAAAUACCAUAUACAGUAGGAGCAGAAUCUGUGGACUAGUUUUGUGUGAUUUGGUACAUGGAUGUUAGAGGAACGUAGUAUGCCAAGUAAGGUAGCAGUGAAAUUGUACAAACUCUGAUUUUAUAUUGAAAUAUUUGUAUGAACAAGCUACUUUUAAUUAAAAGAGGUCCAGAAAGUCAAAUGCAUUAACUUGACACGGCAAGGUUUCCCUUUAAUAAUGAUGUAUUUAACAUUACCUGCAACGUCUCAAAAGUAACAUUUUAUAUAUAAAUCAAUACAUGCAGCAGCAAAACCACUCAAUUGAGAAAAACCAUGUUAAAACCCCCGUCAUGUCAGGUUUAUUAGGGUAUUACUGAGAUAUGAGUUUGGCUUCCAGACGCAAAACUUUUCUGUCAACGUUCAAGUGUAGUGUAAUUCCCGUUGUUAUUCAUAUUUUGGUUAAAAAAUCCUUUAAAGUGAUGAUUAAUCACGGAUGUCAACCUAGAAGUUAAAAAAUAAUGCAGCCAUGCAUACCUUGUACUGUAUAUUUGAUGACGUUUGAUUGAUUGUGAAGAUGUAAAGUAGUGAAUGGCAAUGGACUUGAUGUACACUAGGGGGCACCAAUUAUCCAAAAAAGAAGAGAGCUUUGCAACAACAUGGAGCAUUCCCAGCUGAAAUCCUUCUCACUAUUCCUUAAUAAGGUGCAAAUAUAUCCAAAUCAUGCCUGGAUCAAGUGAUAACAUAACACCGUCCUUCCUCAGUCCAGAAAAGGCCGGCCCUUGGAUGUCUGACAAUAAUGACCAGACGGUGAUAAAUCAGAGACAUUUGGCUGUGGAUGAGACACCUGGUGCUGACGUCUGAUUGGACGACCUCUGGCUGAUCCUUAAACGUCUCUCUGUACAGAGCCCCCCUCAACCCCUCCUCCUCAGCAGCUUCCUCCCCUCUGCUCUGCUCCUUUUGCCUGUUGCCGUGUCUUCGCUGUACAUUGUAAUUGCAUUCCUUCGAAAAUAAAUAAAGAACAGAA